ACAUCAACCACUUUCUUCUCUCUCACUUCCUCAUUUCAUGUCCGUCACGAGACUCACAGUGCCAAUAGUUCUUACUGUAAUCCGAAGAAGAAGAAGAAGAAGAUGUGUGGAGGUGCCAUUAUUUCAGACUUCAUUGGUGUCAAGCGUGACCUCAAAGUCGCCGCGGAGCAACUCUGGUCCGAGCUAGACCCUUUCUCCGACCUCCUCGGCUUCGACACCACGGCCCCCGCCGCCGCCGCUACUUCCAAACGCCAACCACCCUUCCCCGUAGUUUCAGACAAAAAGGUGGAAUCAUGUGCAAAGAAGAAGAAGAGCGUGGGUGCAGGGAAGAAGAGUGAGCGUGCUCGCAAGAACGUGUACAGAGGAAUCAGGCAAAGGCCAUGGGGAAAAUGGGCUGCAGAAAUAAGGGACCCACACAAGGGUGUCCGCGUCUGGCUCGGCACCUUCCCCACCGCCGAGGAAGCCGCCAGAGCCUACGACGCCGCCGCCAUACGCAUCCGUGGUGACAAGGCCAAACUCAACUUCCCCGACGACACUCCGCCACCCUCCAAGAAACGCUGCCUCAGCCCCGACCUCCCCCAACAGAGCAGCUCCUCUUCCACCGCACCACCGCCUUCCGCCGUCUCCUACGGCGGAGACAGCAGCGGAGGAGAGGAACUCGACCUCAAGCAACUUGAACUCUUUCUUGGCUUAGAGAAUGAGCAGCCUCUGCCCAACAAUGGUGUCGUGUGGGACAACGGUUACAUUAUGGAUGACUUGUGGAUGCUCGACGACGUCGUUGUGGCCAACCGUAACGUAGUUUAUUAGAGGAGAAUAAAUAAUAACAUGUUUAGAUAAAUGUUUUCCUUAAAAACUUGUAGUAGAAGAAAUAAUAAAAAUAAAAUAAAAAUUGAGUUUUUUCUCACAAAUUAAAAUCGGCUUAUGUAAGUUUUAUUCUCUAUCUUUUUAAAAUUAAAAUACAUAAGUUGGUUUUAACGUGUGAUUAAAUCUCGAUUUAAAUUUUUAUUGUUUUCUUCUCUUUCGGGUUUUUAUAGGAAAUAUUAUCGAACAUGUGGGGUGUUUUCUAUAAUAAUUUGUAUAAAACUAUGUUUGUGUGUUUUGUUCUAGUUUAUGUUGUUUUGUCCCUUCUUCGCUAGCUUUGGACGGUCGAAUGUUUGAAAAAUUAGGUUCACCGUAUUAGCGGGAAGAUUAUCGUGUAUUAUGAUUCUAAAUAAAGGUAAGUUAGGGCGUAUUAGUGUUUAUGUCGUGCAUGUUUAUAUGUAUUGUUGGUGUUGUAAAUAAUAUUAAUGGCAUUAUUAUAUGGUGCCACUUUGUCGUUUUCUGCAAACCUAGAUUAUGAUUCUGGUGCAUGAAUCUGAUGUCUACUUUGUGGACCA